GUUGACAAGAGAAUGGGAACAAGAAGUCGUUGCUACUUCUUCGGCUUCGCUACCUUGUAAGAUCAAUUUAGUUAAAUGGAUCUUUAAGUCCUUCUACAGAUCACUAGAAGAGUUAAAGGAAAAUUUGGACCCGGAUUCUGAGGCAGACAAAAAGGUCAAGAAACUUCUUGAUUCCAAAAAGGUGGACAAGAAGAGGGUGGAAAGACUUUUAGCCGGGCCAAAAGUAGAAGAAGUCGUCGCCUCUCCUUCGGCCUCUAAAAAAAAAAAAAAACAAGCGACGAUGCGGCUUCGUCAGCUAGCCUCAGGAAAAGGAGCUACCAC